UGGGUAUACUGGCUAUUAAAGGGUGAUAUUGUUUACACUAAUCUUGGCCAAGUUGGAAGAAUCUUGGGUGUGUUCAUAUGACAGUUUCAUGUGAUCUGCUCGAAUAUCACGUGCCCAGAGCCCAUAUCACGUGUGGGAUCUCUCCGCACUGCGUCACCGCCUUGUGAUAACCGCCAUAUCAGCAUUGGACAGGAUGAAGCCAGUCAUCCCCAAAUUUGCUUUUAUCAUCGGUACAUCACUAUGGAAGACGGUCGCAGACGCUCAAAGAAACGCUCUUUAUUUGGAAAGGGUGCUCUAGGGUUCUUAUUGUCGAUUCAGCUGCUACCAAGCGUUGUUUCUGCCAAUGUGCCUGUAUACUUCGGUUCUCCGUCGGGAGACUCCCCCAUAUUGCCUCCGCAGAUACCUCUAGCCGGUUCUCCCUCGCCCCCAAAGGCUCAUAAGUUUUCGCUUCGUCACAUAUUCCAUCGAGGAACGCAUGAGCAUCCCGAUCUCCAUCAAAGACUCGAUAUCGAACCGCACACGCGCCUUUUGAGCAUUUCCGAAGAUGGUCAGGAGAUAAAGCCUGCAGCGCUUGAUGCCCCCUUGGUUGCCUCGUCCAGCCCAGUUACCAUCCAACGACUCUCGGACCGACGAGUCCCGGUCAUCGAAGGGUAUCUACAGGCUGCAAGAUCUACCGGAGAGGUGGUUGCUCUGUCACCAUCGGAAUGGGUCAUGGAUACAGUGGACGGUCCUAAUGUGAAUGAAAAGAGAAGCGUCUUGACAUUCGCCCAGAUGACGGCCAACGACUAUAUCGAGGAGCCGGGUACGGGUAAAUGGCAUGACAUCAACGGCCGUUUUAAUUAUUCCGAGAGUUUCGGAUGGAACAGUGAUGGAUUAAGGGGUCAUAUAUACACAGACAAGGAAAACAGCACAGUGGUUAUUUCCUUGAAGGGGACAUCCCCGGCCCUCUUUGAUGGAGCCGGUACGACGACCAAUGACAAAGUUAACGAUAAUCUCUUCUUUAGCUGUUGCUGCGGACAAGGGGGCUCCUAUCUUUGGAGGCAAAGUUGUGACUGUAUGAAGUCGACAUACACGGGCAAUUUAACAUGUAUUGUCGAAGCUAUGAACGACGAAAACCGAUAUUAUCGAGCUUCUAUGGAUCUCUACUCGAACGUGACAGAACUAUACCCGAACGCCAAUGUUUGGUUAACAGGCCAUUCACUAGGUGGUGCAAUGUCCAGCCUUUUAGGGUUAACAUUCGGACUUCCUGUCGUCAGUUUUGAAGCUAUUCCCGACGCUCUGCCAGCGUCCAGAUUGGGUCUACCCUUUCCACCUGGCCAUGAUCCAAGAUUUCCGCAAAAACGGCAGUAUACAGCGUCUUAUCAUUUCGGUCACACUGCAGAUCCUAUUUAUACAGGAACGUGCAAUGGCGUUGGCGCAACAUGCACAUGGGGUGGUUAUGCCCUGGAGACAGCCUGUCACUCCGGCCAAAUGUGUACCUAUGACACGGUUAAGGACAAGGGCUGGCGUGUAGCAAUUGGGACACACCGCAUUGAGUCUGUAAUCACGGAUGUUCUUGAUGUCUAUGACGACGUUCCUCCCUGUGUGGCUGAGGAAGAAUGCUACGAUUGUGAACUGUGGAAAUUCUUCCGAAGCAAUGGCUCCGAAAUCACAACGACUUCGACAGCCACUUCAACUAGCUCGACAAGUGCGACAAGGACAUCAACUUGCAAAACCCCUGGAUGGUGGGGAUGCCUCGAUGAGAGCACAACCGACACCUCUACUACGUCUUCCAUCACGGCCACGACCACGACAUGCAAGACGCCGGGUUGGUUUGGCUGCAAUGACCCUACUACCACAACCGAAACUACAACAUCUACCACCACCUGCAAAACUCCUGGAUGGUUCGGGUGCCGCGAUCCUACAACUACUGCAAAACCCGCUUUUACAACAACGACCCUCCCCGCUACUGCCGCUCCUACAACUACCUCAUGCGAAACCCCGGGAUAUAUCUACGGUUGCUAUGACGGUUUAACGACUACCACGAACGACCACCCUAUUACGCCUGCUCCCAAGCCCUUUUUCUAGAAUGAACGAUGAAAGUUGUUUCUUUCUUUCUUUCUUUCUUUUUUUUUUUUUUUUUUGCUGUCUAAUUGCAUAGCAUUUUGCAUUAUCAUUGAGACGAACUUCCACGUCUGGCCAGUACUUUUUUGUCUUGUAACAUAAUCAAGCUGGCGCAAAUCUAACGUGACAGGUGUUUGUUUUCUCUCUUUUUGCUUGCUUCUGGUGUAACACUUGCCUUGGUUUAAUAGUGUGAAUGUCCAUUUCGGUCAACAAUGUCAUCCAUACUCUGAUACUCUGAUACUAUGAUAUUCCUUUUGCUUUUUUUUGGAGUCAAGCGUUGAUCAACUAUACAAGGAUUCCGGUAACUUCAAGUUGAAAUGAAUAUAAUACAUCUUGGA